AGUCAACGCGUUUAUGUCAUCUUCAUGAGACGCACUUGUACUUCUUCGCAAGCAGGGCGGCUGCUAGCAUAUAUUGUUGUUUUCCAAGUAUGGCAACCAAUAAAAAAGGGAAGAAAGUUGUGAAUCAGGAGGAACUUCGGCGUUUGAUGAGAGAAAAACAAAGGCAAACAGCAGAUAAGAAACGUGUCGAGUCUCCGUUUGCUAAAUACAACAGUCUCGGCCACCUCAGCUGUACUUUGUGCAAUGUGCAUGUGAAAAACGAACUUGUGUGGCCAGCUCAUAUUCUUGGAAAACAGCACAAAGAAAAUGUUGCUGAGCUUAAAGCAGCAAAAGAAGCCCCGCAAAGUCAACAACUGAAGAGGAAAGCUCCGGAAAACGAGGACGUUAACGUUAAAAAGAUAAAACCCACGCAGGGCACCAGCCAGUCCGCGGCAGGGCUUCCUGCAGACUUCUGGGAAAAACCCAGCGACAGAGAGGUCGGUGGCACUCAUAAGACUUCUGGUCUGAGUCUGCUAGCUGGAGUUUAUGAGGACGACGACGAUGAAGAAGAUGCUGGUGCAGAAACCACAAAUCCUCCUGAACCAUCUGGACUUCCUGCUGAUUUCUUUGACAGCUCGAUCCCAUCCACGCCUUCUAUCUCCCACUCAGGAUCCAUCGUCAAAGCAGAUACUCCAGAGAAGACCACAGAAAAAAAGGAUAACACCGCCGAGGCUCUACCUGAGGGCUUCUUCGACGAUCCAGUAAGGGAUGCCAAAGUGCGCAACGUGGACCCACCCAAAGAUCAAAUGGACAAAGAGUGGGAAGAGUUUCAGAAGGAGAUCAGACAGGUAAACACCAAGUCAGAGGCGAUCGUAGCUGAGGAGGACGAAGAGGGGCGACUGGAGCGACAGAUUGACGAAAUUGAUGAACAAAUUGAGUGUUAUAAAAGGGUCGAACUACUGAGAGACAAGCGGGAUGUAGUGAAGAACAGACCUCUCACCAGGAAGGACGAACAAAUGGAGACUGAUGUCAGUAUUGAGGAGGGAGAGGAGGAUGAAGAGGAGCUGCUGGGGCUUCUGUCCCGGGACUGGAGGGCCAAAGGGGCACUGGCAUAAGUACACCCAGGACUGAUGUACUGAGAGAUAAAAAACCAGGCCGGACUGAUCACUAUUUCCUCCAAGCUGUUGACAUAACUGAUGUUUUGCAAGUGUGUCAGAAAACUGUAAAUGUGUUAAAAUACUGCACGUAGUUGUAAAGUUAAAACUGGAUAAUGCAGUAAUGACUAACAAUUUCAAGUAAAACUGUGCCACACGUAGACAACUUCUCGGUUCAUGACUUGAUAAACGGACACACAACUGA